GCGCGCGCAAGUUAUUUGUUUGGUUUUUAUUUACCCCAUUAAUUCGUGGUUAUUCCCGAUUUCAAUCGUUUAAAAUCCUGCGGAGCGCAAACAUCAUGACCACAAUAGACCUGGAAGAUCCUGAUUUGGUGCUGGCCCGCCAACUCCAGGACCAAUUCGACCGUGAGGCAGUGGAGAUUAGUUCCGGCGAAGAAGAAGCAGCAAACCGAUCCGACCACCUAUUGGCCGUGGAAUUACAACAGCGCUACAACGAUGAAGCCUUCGAGGUAUCAGAUGAUGACGGCGAUGAUGUCAUUCUCGCGGCAGAAAUUCCGCCGAUAGCGUCCGGUAGUGGAACGGCACGAUCUCCGAAACGCAGUUUUUCGGUGGCUCUGGAAGAGGAAGUAAAUGGCGAUGAGAAUUCCGGGCCGGAAGUGAAAAUAAUCCGAGCGAAACGGGAGGAUUUGAAUACGGAUGAGUACUUUAUCGAAGAUCUACAGACGUACGUUGACCCUGAGAAUAAUUUCGAUUGGAAGUUUGUCGAGGUGAUGCCGAACAUUAAAAGAAUUUUUGCCCGAUUGGACGAAUUAUUUUUCCAAUCGCGUUUCAAACCAAAAGGCUUUAAUGUGAUUUGGAGUCAUUCGAUUGGCCAGCAUUGUACCAACAGGAACUUUAAUGAUGUUGACGGCCGGUAUACGAUUGCUCUAAAUGAGUCUCUUCUUACAUUGAGACCAAGGAUCGAAAUUAUCAGCGUUUUGCUCCAUGAAAUGAUUCACGCAUACCUCAAACUGGAAAACGUCCAGGAAACGAACAGUGGUCAUGGUGCAAACUUCCGGAAGAUGAUGAUCUUCCUCAAUCAGAUGAUGCAGACAACUAUUUCCUUCAGUCAUCGUUUAACCAAUAUCAACACACUAUGCAGGACGCAAUGGUAUCGCUGUACCGGUAUCUGCCACAACUAUAACCCAUUUCAAGGCAUUGUUCGCUCUACAGAAGGAGAUCCUGGUCUUCAAAAUGAAUGGUGGCGAGCUCAUGCGGAAACCUGCGGUGGUACGUUCUACAAAAUAUACGAAAUGAGUCGAAUCGUCGAUGGCGAGGUAUCCACUCGGUAUGCAGUAAACGUCAAGUAUAUGAAGCCCAAACGGGAGAACAUUAGAGGUCGAUUCAAGACUCGCCUGCCGCCAAAGGAGUCCAUCGACUUGACUAGUGACCAACCGCUGGUGAUUCCAACAGUAACCGAAACGGUUUCGCUAGACGAUGAGGGGUCAAGCAUCGAGGAUACCAAGGCUGCGGACAAAUUCAUUCAGUGCUUCAACCGCUCGGUAGCCCUAACGCGAGACACAUACGACAUGCAGUGCCCGAUCUGUCAGGAAAAGAUCAAACGGAAACUGUUUGGCGAUCACAUCGACGGCUGCAAGGGCAUCAUUGAACAUAUCAACUGGAAACGUCCCGGAGCAAGAAUGGUUCAGGAUGGCAUACUAGAGCAUCGUACAGGUUUGCACAUGCCUUACCAUCCUCCAAGUAGCGAUGCAAGGCCUCUCGGAACAUCAUCUACCAUCGGCGACUAUCAGCGAAUCAAGAGGCAGCGCUUUCUUUAGAUACUCGAUGUCGAUAGAGGGAUCUGGUGUGGUUUUUAGUGAUCUAAAUUGUUCCUGAAGAACUUAUUCUUUUAUUAUAUCGUAAUGCUAUGACUACCUUAAUUGAAA